AUGAGAUACGUGGCGUUUCAGAGCGGCGCGGCCAACUACACGUUCGACGUCCCGAUGACGGCCUGUGGAUCGCGCGCCAUCGCUGACGAGGGUCGGGUCGGCUUCGAGAACACCAUCAUCAUACAGGCCGAGGAGGUGGUGCAGGAGGGCUGGGACACGGCGCGCCGGCUCAGCUGCGACUGGCCUGACCGUGUGGAGAAGCUGGUGACGUUCCGGCCGAUCGCCGUCCGUGCUCUGGAGGCCACCGAGGCGCGGUUCGCCGGUGACGACAUCACGUGCUGGAUGGACAUCCAGCUGGGCAGAGGUCCGUUCGCCUCCUCCGUGGACGGCAUCGUACGGAUCGGCGAGCAGCUGACUGUGGUGAUCCUGGCGCAGGCUACAGCUGGACAAAUGGACAUGGCCGUCACAAACUGCUACGCCUACGACGCGGAGAAUAUCAGCGACCCGCGCACCACCGUCCUCCAGCUCACCGACGACCGCGGCUGUCUUCUCAAACCCAAAUUGAUGAACUACUUCCGUAAAACGCGCCGCACCGGCAGCACAGGCGCUGACAUCCUCUCGUUUGCCGCCAUGAGUGCGUUCAAGUUCCCCGACAGGAUGGAUGUGUAUCUGGCCUGUGAGGUGGAGUUCUGUAAGGACAGCUGUCAGCAGACCUGUGAUAGCGAGGACGCUCCACGAGGACUGGAGGAGGACGCUGAGGAUUCUGAGGAGGACACUGAGGACUCAGAGGUGGACCGACCCGAGCCGCAGCCCCAGCCAGAGCCGGCCAGCUUCUCCGCCCUGCGACUGCGUGGUCGUCGUCCGUCGCCUCCGACCCUGCCGCCUCCUUCUCGCGCCACGGAGGCUCCGUCUCGCGGCACGAUGGCUCAGUCUCGCCCCACGGCAGCUCCGUCUCGCGCCACUGAGGUGCCUUCUCGAGCCACUUUGGCUCAGUCUCGCGCCACGUUGGCUCAGUCUCGCGCCACAGAGGCUCCAUCUCGUGCCAUGGAGGUGCCAUCUCGCGCCACGGAUGUGCCGUCCGAGCGUCCGCCGUCAGCCGCGCCGCUGAGGGCGCUCAGUCGUGUCCAGGAGAUGAUGGCACGAGUCAGAGCGGCCAUGAGAGCAACUUCGGCAGCUACUGAGGGCACAACUACUUCAACGAGCACUACUAGUACCACAGCCGCCACCACCACUACAACAGCAACGACUACUACCACCACAGCCUCUACAACUACCACAACUGCUGCAACCACCACUACCACUCCCACCACCACUACCGCUUCCACGUCUACCACCACUACCGCCACCACCACUUCUACAGCCUCUACAACUACCUCUACCACUUCGACUACCACUUCCACCGUCGUGAGCUCUAGCCCGUCUGCUGCUACCAGCAGUAGUUCAGAACAGCCCAUUUCUGUCCCGUUGGAGCGCACUACGGUCACCCCAGGUCUCACGCUGCUGCGUCUGUCUGCUCUGGCGCCUACCAGCGCUGCACUCGUCUCCACACCAUCCCCUUCGCCGGAUAGGGAUACCAGUGACGGGACCACCGCUCAAAACGUCUCCGAGACUACGACAGGAUCCACUAGCACUACCACACGCCAGCCGCUGAUGAUGCCAGAGAGCUCUACGGCCGCGAGUACGUCUCCCGUGACAUCUUCCUCUGCGCCUUCAGAGGGCAGCUCCCCGUCACCAGCUGCAGUCGAACUUGACCCAGUACUGCCGGCAGCGGCGGCGGUGACGCCAGAGAUGACGCCCUCCUCGGUAGACACCCUGAUGACGCUACUCCGUGACCCCGGCGUCCAGGAGAUCCUGGCUGAUGAUCAGUUUGUGGCUGAGAUGCGUGCCGCACUGCGUGACCCAGCCGCCGCUGAGCAGAUGGUGGAAUCUGGUGAGGUGACUCCUGACGUGGUGGCGCUGUUUCAGCUACAGGAGGUCUGUCCGAGGACCGACUCGGUUGAUCCCAUAUGCGGAAUGCUGGCGGCCAUGACGCGGCCACAGACCACCACUCUGCCCACGCCGGCGCGGACGUUCUUCCCCGCGGAGCCGCGGCCGGUCGCCCCUGCCGGACCGGCGCGUUCCGUACAGGAGAUCCUGGAGCGACUGCGCGGCCCGCCGGCAGCGCGGGCGGUGGCUGAGCCGCGGGCCGGGCGCGCGGACCGCGCUGGUCGGACGGGACGGCCGUGUGCGGCUGAUGACAUCGCCUGUAACAUGGUUCAGAUCGGCGAGCAAGCGGACUCACUCCGCUCAGCAGCCAGCUCUCGCAGCCUGUUCAGCGUAUCGUACCCGACAGGUGCGUUCGGCGCUCGCCUGCCUACCUCCCACCGGAGACCCCGGAGACGGGUUAUCGAGCCGAGCAGUCUGACCCUCAGUAUGGGUCGCAGUUUCCGCGUCCUGUCGCCGGAGGAGCUAGCGUUCGGUGGUGCCUCGUGGGCGGGAGCGGGGGCGGCGGCUCAGAGCGGCGGCUCGACACCACCCGCCGGUCAGGUGUGUCUCCCGCAGCUGGGUCUGGCGCUGGGCGCGCUGCUGCUGGUCCUGGCCCUAGUCACCGCUCUGCUGGUCGCUGGGGUGCUGUACGUCCGGCUGACCCGACUUCGGAACAGAGAACGCAUUCGAGAUGGUCACUCCUACCCAGAGUACGUCUACAAAUAAGACGGACUGACCGCACAAGCUAUUUAAGAGUGAAAGGAAGCUUGUUGUUGAAUGCUUGACAUGUUUUCAUCUCGGUUGUUGGGGUUUGGAGUGAGCUGUUGUGACGUCGCGCGUAGUGCCACUGGUAGCUAUUUAAGUUUAUAAUUCCGAGGCCAAGAACGACGUUUUAGCGUCGUGUCACUUUCCACUCAGGAUCAUUAGAGCUAGAGUACAACACCUUGCCGAAGCGCUGCUGCCUCUCGGAAAAAUUUUCCACCGAGAGGACUGCGGCGAACCGUGAUCUUUCAUAAGACUGUGUGCUUUUUACUUUGUUCAGUACGUGAUGCGACCGCAUGUUGGGUGGUAUCGAGAGUGGUGGUCCGUCCCGGGCUGUCACAAACAUGUGCAAUAUAUUUUGAGAUCUUUUCAUU